CAAAGUUGGACACCUUUCAUCCCGUCUUGUAGAGGUUUGUGGCCCCUCAAGUUUCUACCACGCAGAACACGCAACACGCACUAUCGCGAAGACACCACUCACUGCAAAUUCCCUGUACUUCUUCUCGAAACCCGGUUCAAAUCGCGAUUCUUGACCAAUUAGUCUCGCGGUGGACGGCAUCGACCCGCUAAGACGAGGAGCAUCAUGACGGAAAAACUGUACCCGUUCGCGCUAGCGGACGGCUCCAGUGACGGGAAGCAGUGGAAUGAUGCGCAGUUCAAUUCCUUGCAUUCCAAGCUUGAUGAAAAUGACAAGAGAUAUGCGGACUGGAAGUUCAAGUUGGGUGGAAUGCUUCGAGAACAACUUCUUCCUGGGCCCGAGUAUCGAGAUCGAACCUACUAUCUGAGGAGUCUUCCCGAGCACUACCAUAUCCGUGUCAAAACGAACCCUAAGAAUGGUCGGUCAGAUUACUAUCUGUACGGAUAUCCCGAGGGCAAGAAACCAAAGCCAUUCAGAUCUCCCAACGAUUUCUUCCCCCAUCUGCUAUGGCUUGCUGGAGGUAGCGGGGACAAGUCCCUCUGUUCGUGUGUUCUGUGCAACCCAGACCAGGCCAGACCUGAUUGGUGGCCGGAACAGACAGCAUUCGCCCAUUCAGUUUCUGAUGCACCACCUGAUGCUCCUUCUGCUGUCACAAUUGCAUCUCCUGUACCGUCCUCGCUGGGAAAUAAUACUGGGAUGAAGAGAUCUGCUUCGGCGCCCGGAUCUGCCGCCUCGAAGCCCUUUACUGGAAGUAAACAAACACCCCAGUCUCCAGCACCACCACCAAUCACGCCUGUUUCGGGGCCGACAAGUUCUGGUCAACCCCAAUCUUCGGAGACACCUCUACAGCGAGUACCGCAUACUCAGUUGAUCUUCAGAGAGGGCGAGGUGGUCUGGUUUAAGAACAACAACGCUUGGCGAAUUGGCAUGGCCCUGCAGACUUUGCCGGCCGAACCUGGCAACUCAAGCGCAUCCAGAUGUAUCAUCAAACCGCUUGCGCACGCCUAUUUCCAUAAUGAGAAUGCCAUCAAGAACGAGACCGACAUGAGACCGUUCCUCGCGUUCAGCGUGCCCCCCGUCAACCCAAACGUGACAAGGGGUCAAUUAAUGAAGGAUAUCCCUUGGGGGCAGCUCCAAACACAGCUGGCAGGAGAGGACAAAGCAAAACAAGAGCUAGUCGGCCUUGAGGCGUCGAAAUUGGCUGCCAUUGAGAUAGACCACUCGUAUUCAACCUUCAACCCCAUGCAGACAUCUCAGCAGAGCCCUGAUAUACAGCAUGUUGGUGGAGUGUUUCUUGGUGCUGAAAGAAUUACUAUGGGGGAAGCGGUUCGCGUCCGUCUCAGCCAAAACGAGAUCGACCCGACCUGGACGAAGGGCCUGCCAAUCGUCAUGGUAGUGCGCGAUAUCUUCAUUGCGGCGGGAAGCGGACUUUUUUUUCGUGGAGACGUGUACCGUCUGGAGGAGACGGCGAACCAGCAACAAGCGCCUCAUCAAGCGCAACUCCCGGCCGAGCUGAUCAGGGAGAAGUCGUUCCGUGACCAGGUCAAGCAACGACUGGGAACUCGUUUCGACUGGAUCAUGGUGCAGCAAGAUGUCACCAAACCUGAGAACUCCAUGAGGGGCAGGUUCUACGAAACAUCGAGGCUUAUGCCCAUCAUUGACGCGGCAAAGUUCCAGGCAGCUUUGAGUAAGGCCGUGGUAGAGGAUGUGCAGGCGUACUUGAACGACCGCAUGAAUUCGGACGGACCGUAUCUUGGUCGCAGGCGAAAUCGAUCCGCCACGCUGGUGGGAGCCGUCCCGGAUGGCUUUUACUUGCCGCUGGGACCCGGAGUUUUGGAAGACCCUUAGGUUGGGCUUAUUUUACUCUUUACAUGCUUCUUCCAAUCGUCGAUCGAACUCGUGUUGUUCCAGGAGAGCGUCCUUGACUUGCUUAUCGGUCAUCGCUUCAAUACGUGGAAAGUCGCAAUAGAACGGUCGGUUGUCAUGGACCAAGCUUCAACAAGCAGAAGGAAACGCUUUAGUAUGCGGAGAGUAGGAUGGAAUCGUUGGUUGCUAUGAGCUUAGUCUCAACUAAUGGAAGGAAACGCUUUAGUUUUCUAUGUAACUCAAUUUAAGGAUUUCGGAAUUGGAAUAUGAAUAUCCCACGAGACAUUGUC